GGUCUUCUUUCGGAUAUUACUUAUGCAAGUAAAUCGUCAUCCACUAAAUCUUUUUCUGCUUCUGAUAAUGAAAUUUAUACUAUAAUCAAUCGUGCAAUUAAACGUCGUCAAGAAUCUAUUACUCAAUUUACUCAGGCUAAUCGUUUAGAUCUCGUAGAGAAUGAAUCUUCUGAAUUACUUAUUUUAAAUUCUUAUUUACCUGAACAAAUGUCUGUUCAAGAAAUUGAACUUGAAGUCAUAAAAGUUAUUGAUCAAUUGGAUAUAAGUGAUGUUGGAAUUAAGGAUUUGGGAAAAAUCAUGAAAGAACUGAACCUUGAUAAUGCUAGAGCUCCAAAAAAAGUCGUUGUUGAAGUUGUGAAAAAAGUUUUAUCUUCACGAAAGACUGGUUAG